GUCAUUAUCAGUAAAAUUUAAGACAAGUGGUUAAAAAACAUUCAACGAGAAAAAAAAGAGUUUUCGGUAAUUCUGUUACUUGCAUGGCACAGAUUAAAUGGAAUUUUGGAGAUAAAGCUUAAAGUAAAGUUUUUUUUUUUAAACUUGGGUUACAAUUAAUUAUCUCAGCCUGUCCAUUGUUCACUGCUGAACAUAGGCCUCACCAAGUGAUCUCCAGUGCGGCCGGUCCGUUGCCACCAGCAUCCAACGUAACCCAGUGAUUCUUACAGGUCGUCGGUCCAUCUCGUAGGUGGUCGUCCCACACUGCACUUGCCAUUUAUGUGGUCUCCACUCGAGGAUCCCCCCAGCGGCGGUCCGAUCCUCACACUAUGUGGCCUGCCCACUGCCACUUCAGCGUGCACAGCAACUUUGGUUCUUCUACAGAUCUACUCAUUUCUGAUUCGGUCUCGUAGAGAAAUACCAACCAUAGCCCUCUCCAUAGCUCGCUGCGUGACACUGAGCUUCCUAAAAAAAUCCCUGGGUUAUAAACAAAUGUAUUAUACGGCUACGUAGAGGUGCUACACGGAGGAAAAACCUCAAAGCAUAGCCGAUAUAACCAAGAAACAAAAAGGAACCUAACGAGUCUUCAUGGCUUUAACCUUUGGGCUAUGUUGAAAUCAAAUUUUCGAAUGUCAGUACUGUCACCUUUCAAAUAUGUCAAACGUAAAAUGGUUUAAAUCCGUAAAAAAAAGAUAACCUGAAAACAGAGUAAAGUUAUAGAAAGGCCUUUCAUAAGACAUAUUAAAGAUAUUUUAAGUGUAUUUCCUAUGACGUACAUUUCUAGGUCUCCAAUAAGCAUUGAGUAUGCAAUGUUAUAUUAAAUGAUUGUUAUUUAAAAAAAGUUUAUUAGAAAAAAUAUGAUUGUGUAAGAUAUCGUACACCUUUUUAACUCCAACAUGGUUUUAAUCAUAAAGUCAGUAGUACGCUCGUAUCGGUCUACUAUCCAUAUCAUUAGAUCGUACUGCGACAAUAAAUCAAUUUAUCAAAAAAAUGAAGAGGGUCCACAACCCCGAAUAAUUCACGGCCAAGUCUAUCCUGAUUGGAGGAAACCAUGGAUUGAGAGGCAAGGAGAAUGGAGAAGCAAAUUAUCAGUUUUUGUAGAAAAAAAUCCUAGUCCAGACGUUUUAUACGCUAUGUCACAAAUACCAAAUUUAAAUUUUAAAAUAGUCAGAGAAUGGUGGGCUCACAUGAAAAACAUUCAAGAAGUGGAAAAUCAGAAGUAUCUCCAUGAAAGAGUUGCUGCUUUGGGUUUCAAUUUGGCUGCAUUACAUUUCUUCACAUACAGACAUGCUGCUGUCAGAUUAAAAGAUUCAAGCGACUGGUUGAAAGGUGAUAUACUAUCUCUGAAACUACCAGAUCAUUAUACUGAGGGUUAUUAUGUUGAAGCUAUUGACUGCUCAAAUUUCCAUCACGGUGGCAUUCGCUAUGAAGGCCUAGAAAAUCUAAAAGGUCUCAAUUUAUUGAAAUGGUUAUCUUUAAGAAAUAACAAACACGUUGAUGUUUGGUGCUUAGAUAGAGUAGCGGGAUUGUCAGGCCAAUCCUUAGAAUAUCUUGACAUUAGAGGUUGUAAAAUUUGCAUUGGAUGUAUUAAUGCAUUAGCGAGAAUGGAGGUUUUGAAAUACUUACUUGUCUCUGAUCCUGGUGAUGACAUGGCUCUUCAAGCAGGACUGUCAGUGUUAGAAGAAAACAAUCCAAAUUUGUUCAUAAAAGCUGACUGACUUUUUAGUGUGUAUUUUAGUUAAAAUAUGUUGUAAAUAAAGAAUGGUACAUUGUUUGUAAAUAAACUGGUAUUGUUUGCAAAAAAUAACUAAA